UUGGCCAUUUCUCAGUCGAUCGUUGUUGUGUCGAGACAAAAAUGUUCUGGGGGACUAGUCCUGCGCUAGAUUUGCAAGAGGAGUAUUUAAAACAUGGAGACGAAAACUCGUAUGAGCUCAAUUUCCUAGUUAUCGGUGGCUGUGAUGCGCGCCAUCUUAUUAAGACUCUGUCCCAAGCAUACCGCCAUACGAGGCGUUACAUGAACAUAUUUGUCGUCGAUGGUUGUCCAGAGCUCAUUGCCAGACAAAUUCUACUAAUGUCCCUCGCUUUGGAAAGAACGACGAAAUGUGGUCUACUCGAAAAGACCAGGCGGUUCUUGGAAGUAUAUGGAAACAUUCUACUUCGACCUUCUACCUCCAGGUAUUUAUCCGCCAAAGCACGUCAACUAAUUGGCAUGAUUACUAACACUGAGUACAUGAGCUGCCUCCUUCCGUGUAUAUCGAUAGAUCAGAUGAAAUACCGCGAAAGGGACUACAUAGAGAAUCUAUUCAAUUUCUGGACAACAGGAAAUACAAAUCAGUUUAACGCGUGCGAGCUCUGGGAGCAUCGUGUGCGACACAGUCUCGGCUUGCGAUAUGACACCAGAGCUGGUGUUUACGACUGGGACUAUCACAUGCGCCUGAGAGAAAUAGCGAAGCAAAUAUCUUUUCAGGAGUAUAAGCAUUUUAGGGAACAUGGAGUGCCAUUUACUUGGCUGGAAACGGAGGUAUGUCGGCCCAAUGUUACAUUUGCAGCUGGUGCGUACAAAUGCGGAGAGAGAUACUUGCAUCGCGGAUAUCUCGGAGAUAUUGUGACGUCUCCAUACAUCGCGUAUGGAUUGGAUUGCGAGGAUAAGGAUAUGUUACGUUCUACUCAGGGUGCUAAUUUUAAGAGAGCGACCGAUGUAUCGGAGCGUAACGUUAUGCGGAUGCUGUACGAACUUGAAAAUCGACAAAAGUUUGAUGUUAAUUUGAUGAACUUGGAGGAUGAGAAGAAUUUGGGUUUGGUGGUGAUGAGCCAGAUCGACGCCAAGAUAUCUGAGAGUGUGCCUGAAGCACCUCUAUUGCUUAGAGAAGACCGCGAUACUUAUAUUAACGUUGAUUACGGUAAGGUUCAUUUUCUUUCUCUGUCUGCUUUGGAUCAGUAUCCUCACAAGCCUCCCUUUCAAGGCUUGUUCCAUGGGGUGUUCGUUGGGCAGAAUAUGCUCCCACGCGUAAAGCCUAGCGUAUGGUCAAUGGCGAGAGAUGAUGCCGUGGUAAUUAUGGACACUCGUAAAUAUUUGGUGGAGUUCUUGAAGGAAGACGUAAAAGCUUUCGGCGAACAAAUACAGCAGGCCGCGGCGACAGCGCAGUGCGACAAGAAAUCCACAUUCGAUCCCGAAAAAGAUGACUUUGCCAAGUUUCUAAUUAGAAGGAAAAGUGAAAGUACAGAUGUAUCUGUGUAA